AUGGGCGCUAAAGCCAGUACCGCAAAUGGGGGCCAGAGUCCGCGGCCGAGGACAUUCUCGACCAGUUCUGGGUCGGAUGUAGUGUCGGGCAGCGCAGGCUUCAGUUUGUUGAGGGCUAUUCCCGGUAUACAAGUGUCUAGUGACAGGCAGCGCGCUAGGUCGCUGUCGUCGGUGCCGGAUCUCCACACAUCACAUGAAGCGAUUGCUAUACCUCCUAACUCUCAAAGUUACGAGGCUUCCGCAGCAGCCAGCCCCGACACGGAUUCCAGCUCAAACGAAGAGGCAGGUCCAGUCGCUGGUACUUCUUUGUCCCUUGGACGAGUUUACGCAGCGCACUCACUACCUUCGCAUAUUUGGUCUCUCAAUGGUGAGUUAUAA